AUGGGAGCCGGGAGCUGCACAGCCUCUGUGCCCAGCUGGAGUUCCUCCUCCAGUUUGACCUCAAGGAGAAGAGGAGCUUCUUCGGGCAGCGCAAGGACUAUUGGGACUUCCUGUGCCAGGGCCUGGCGCGGCGCCGGCAGGAGCACGAGGGCGUUCGCUUUGUCACCUCCCUCGACAAGGGGCCGAGCCUUCCUGCGGUACUGCCUGGUGCACCAGCAGCUGGCAGAGUCCCUGCAGCUCUGCCUCCUUGACCCUGAGAGCCUUCGCGAGUGGUACUACGCCCGCAGCCCCUUUCUGAACCCUCAGAGCCGGACAGAGAUCCUGGGCAGCCUCUACGAGCUGGACAGCAUCACCUUCCACCUGGCCCUGUACAGGCCUGACCUGGACAUUGCCUGGCCCAUGUUCUCAGAAACACUGGUACGGCCCACCCCAGUGGCCAGGAGCAGCCCAGCAAAGGUAGCCCUGCAGACAGGCAAUACCGGCAUCGGGGAGCAUGAAUGGCCUGAUGGCAUCAUCCAUCCCACCACAGCAUCCCACAAGGUGCCAGCUUGCCCACGCUCACCUGCCUUGGCUGCCCCACGGGUGGGGGAUUUAAAGGUGGAGGAUGUGGAGGUGAAGAAGGACAUGGAAGAGGAUGAAGAGGAGGUGGAGGAGGAUGAGGCUGAUGAGGAAGAGGAGGAUUCAGAGGUAGAUUUGAAGGAGGAUGUGGAGCUGGAGAAGUACAUGGAAGAGGAGGAUGAAGAGGAGCUAGAGAAGGAUGAGAAGGAGACGAAGGAUGUGGAUCUGGAGGAGCUGGAGGUUGCACAUGGUGCUGGCAAGACACCCCAGCCAGAUGGUGAUGGGAAGCCUGGCACGUUCCUGCUGCCUGGCACACGGUGCACGGCCCGGCAGGAUGGGGAGCGCUGGGCAUCAGCACUUCAGCGGGCACAGCGGGAGGCCCUGGAGCGGGAGGCCCUGCGAGGUGCGGAGCAGGCACGGCAGCAGGAACUCAUCCGUGACAUGAAGGGGAGGCUGCUGGAGCUGCUGCGGGAGAAGGAUGCCCUGUGGCAGAAGACAGAGGGCAUCGACACCCUGAUGCCCAGCCCUGCACCCCGCGACGCAGGGCUGUGCACCCGCUGCCACAAGGAUUUCCGCCUCCUCUCCCGGCGGAACAACUGCAGGUGGGCGGAGCGGCAGGAGGUGGAGAGGUUGCAGGAGCAGCUCAGCAGGGCCCGGCAGGAUGGGGAGCGCUGGGCAUCAGCACUUCAGCGGGCACAGCGGGAGGCCCUGGAGCGGGAGGCCCUGCGAGGUGCGGAGCAGGCACGGCAGCAGGAACUCAUCCGUGACAUGAAGGGGAGGCUGGUGGAGCUGCUGCGGGAGAAGGAUGCCCUGUGGCAGAAGACAGAGGGCAUCGACACCCUGAUGCCCAGCCCUGCACCCCGCGACGCAGGGCUGUGCACCCGCUGCCACAAGGAUUUCCGCCUCCUCUCCCGGCGGUACAACUGCAGGUGGGCUAUGGGGGGCACCAGGGGUGGCACUGGGAUGCCACAGCUCACCACCCACUCUCUUGGCAGGCUGUGCCAGGGCAAGGUGUGCCACACGUGCUCCAUGGACGUGGGCAAACAAGGGCGCUGCUGCCUGCUUUGCUACCAGCAAAGUCACCAGCAGACUAUGUGA